AUGAAAUCUGAUUCAUCGAGUGCUGAAGCUGUAUAUAUCCGUGCAUUGUGUUUGUAUCAAGAGGAUUGGGAGCAAGGGCUAAAGUGUUUGGAAAAUGUGAUUCGUUUGGAUCCUGAUCACAGCAAAGCAAAGGCUAUGAUAGUCAAAAUACGAAAGUUCCAAGAGAAAGAGAAAACCGCCAAUAAAUUAUUGCACGAAGAAAAUUAUCGCGCAGUCAGUACACAGAUCAGUGAAGCGCUUGAGAUCAGUCCAGUUAACAGUAACUUUUUCUUGAAAUUAUUGUUCAAUCGUGCAUUUGCAUUUUCAAAGAUGGGACUGUUUCGUGACGCAAUCAAAGAUUGCACAAGAGCAAUGAAGAACAGUUGGGCCGUGACAAAGUGUUUGCGACUUCGUGCCGAUUGCUACAUGACGAUGAGAAGAUUUCAAAAUGCAGUCACCGAUUACGAAGCACUGCUAAACAUGGAAAAAUCAAAGAAUUACAAAAUAAAUUAG